GGACUUUAAUUUUGCCUCAAUUAACUCAAUUAAUUAUUCAUGAGUCUUCUACUACCAUCCCAGGAAAACAAAGCUACAGGGGGUGCGGUCUUUCCUGUAGUCGAGAACGGAAGCGGAAAUUCGGCCAUCUCCUCGUACAUUCAAGCUACUACAGGUUUUCGUCUCCCUACGCCUGCGGUUUUGUGACCCAAUGUUGCCACAGGAAGAAACAGACAAACUGAGACAUAGCACUCCGUGAAUGAGUGGCUCACAAGCCAGGAAAACGAAGAGAUACCAAGAGGAGAGACCCUUAUUCUGCACCAUUCUUGUGUAACAGAUUGCAACAGAACUCGACGGCCAGACCGUUGCCAUGUCGACCUCAUCGCUACGGCGACAAGUAAAGAACAUCGUCCACAACUAUUCGGAGGCUGAAAUCAAGGUUAGAGAGGCGACAUCCAAUGACCCAUGGGGCCCCAGCAGCUCUCUGAUGUCAGAGAUUGCUGAUCUGACCUACAAUGUUGUGGCCUUCUCGGAAAUCAUGAGCAUGGUGUGGAAGCGCCUCAAUGACCACGGCAAGAACUGGAGACAUGUGUACAAGGCCAUGACUCUUAUGGAGUACCUGAUCAAGACGGGUUCAGAACGGGUUGCCCAACAGUGCCGAGAGAACAUAUACGCAGUCCAGACCCUCAAGGAUUUUCAGUACAUAGACAGGGACGGCAAAGACCAGGGGGUGAAUGUGCGAGAGAAAGCCAAACAGCUAGUGACACUGCUGAAAGAUGAAGAGAGACUAAGAGAGGAGAGGAUCCACGCCCUCAAAACCAAAGAGAAGAUGGCACAGACCUCCAGUGCCUCCUCAGCUCCCUCAGCACCCAGCAUCGGGGGCAGCCUGUCAGUGGGCUCUCAGUCUGGAGGAGCAGACCCUGAGCAGGCCUGGCCACAGAGCUCUGGAGAGGAAGAUCUGCAGCUCCAGCUGGCUUUAGCCAUGAGUAAAGAAGAGGCAGAGCAGUUUUACUCUCACCAUGUAAUGCCUGACCUCCCCCAGACUAGCAAGGACCCUCUGGAGGACGCAGAGAUCCGCUAUGCAAUCACACUCAGCAAAGAGAUGCAACAAAAGGAAGAACGACUGCGCCGAGGUGAUGACCUGAGACUGCAGAUGGCCAUCGAAGAGAGCAAGAGGGAGAAGCUGAAGCCUGAGGAGAGCGCUCUGAUGGAGCUGAGUGCCGUGGACCCCUGGGGGGCCCCUGCUGCUGCUGCCGCCGCUGCCACCGCCACUGUGGGCUCUGCCGGCCCUUCGCCUCCUCCCACAGUUCCUGCCCCUGCCGCCUCAGGUCCGUGGGGCGCAGCCUCCACAGACCCAUGGGGGGUAGCAUCACCCACAUCUCCUACAAGCUCUGACCCCUGGGGUGGGGGAGCCCCACCCACUAUAGCCCCUCCUCCAGACCCCUGGGGCGAGACAUCUAACAGAGUUAACAACGUAGACCCCUGGGGAAGCUCAGCUGUGACCCCCCCCAGUGCCGACCCCUGGGGCCCCUCAGUGCCACCCAGCACUUCCUCCUCGGGGGGGCCAGUAGACCCCUGGGCAAGGGACGGGCCUGUCCCUGCCUCUGACCCUAUCACCUCCGACAUCUGGAGUGGCACCGCCAAACACACUAACGGCACAGGAGACCCAGAGCGGCGAGGGUCCCCAGCAAUGGGUUGUGACAGUACAGGCUCACCGGUGCCCUUUGACCUGUCAUCUCUUGGUUCUUCACUUCCUGUUCGUAAGACUCCUGAGUCCUUCCUCGGUCCCAACGCAGCACUGGUGGAUCUCGAUUCCCUGGUGUCAUCUAAACCCAAACCCAAACAGCCACCGCCUCCUUCCAUCUCUUCCUCCUCAGCGCACAACCCUUUCCUCCAGAACACAGGCUCUUCUCCUGCUCCUGGCAUGGCAGUGACUCCAGGCAGCACCAUUUCCAGUCGGGGGGUUUCUCCAAUACCUGCCUCCUCCAACCCUUUCGGCGUGGCUCCACCUAUGACCUCCAUCUCACCUCAGCCCUCAUCACUUGGCCUGAGCGGCCUCCGCUCGAGUCCUGUGCCUCCCAAUCCCAUGCUGGGCAUGGUGCAACCAGGAAUGGGCAUAGGGCCAAUGAGUGUGGGUAUGGGGCCUCCAGGAAUGGGCCUGGGCAUGAUGCAGGCCAGCCCCAUGGGCAUGCCCUACAGCGGGCUCUCGCCUAUGGCUCCCCCAGGCUCGUCCCUGUUGGGGCCUGGAGGCGCAGUACCUCCUCAGCUGAUUUUGGGUGGGCCCACUGGAACAGGAGGAGUGAUGGGAGCAGGAGGAUCAGUGGGAGGUGGAGGAACGACGGGAGCGAGCACCAACCCUUUUCUUCUUUGAGGAAGUGUCACCACUACUUUGCUUACCUGUUUCAACCUCCUCUGUCGUACCUGCUGCCCCUGUCAUUCACCCCC